AUGCUUGUUGAUCUCUCUUUCUUGAUUUCUAUAACACUUCCUUCUGAAUUUGAGGCAACUCAUUCUCGUCUUCAGGAAGUGGAGCUCGGUUUUAUGGUGCAACUUAGAAGAAUAUUGGCGAGAGAUGCUAAGGAUGAUCUUGUGCUUAAGGGACUAAGAAGUGUAGUAGUAGUUGAUGGAGAUGGAGAGGUGUGUGGAAUCUGUUUGGAGGAGAUGAAGCAAGCUUGUGAAACUAAGGCUAUGGACUGCAUGCAUAGGUUUCAUCCUUCUUGGAUUGCUCAGUGGCUUAGCAGAAAGAAGAAUACUUGUCCUUUAUGCAGACACCAGAUGCAAAUUCACUAA